UCUCACGAGCGUAUAUCGGAAGUUAAAAUAAUAUUUUCAAUUGAUUAAUAAAAUUGUCACGAAAAGACGUGCAACCUUGAACCAAGAAUAUCAUGACAAGUUGUUCUAGUAAAAUUUGAAAUAGUAAGCAAAAAGAGAACAAGAUGUUCAAUAUAAAAAAGUCAUGAAUAAGGAAAAUAAAAAUGGGAAUGAAUUAACAAUGUACAUUUUCUACCUGAAUUUCCCCUCUCGAUGUAUUCAGUGAUGGGCGAAAUCUGCUUAAAAGGACUGCGAGUGUUAAAAAUUUUUAUUCUGCAUACAAUGUUACUGAUAAACACAUUCCAUUCGCCUACGUAGAUUUUUAAAUGUUGAAGACGAAGAGAAUUAAAAACAGUUUAAUGUUUUUAUUUCUUAAUUAACUCUUACAAUUUAAUAACAAUAUUUUUGACAGUCUGUCAGUUCGGACUAUAAAAUCGCCCACCACUGAAUCCACUCACACUAAUGUACGGUUUCAAACUGUUGUACUGUUUUCACUAAGUAGUAUGCGAGUGAGAAAAUUUUAAAACGCGAGAUCAAAAGUAAUUUUCUUGUUACUCGCGGAUUAUUCUUCAAGCAAACAAGACGUUUUUAUGUGUUUAAUUUAAUGAUAAAAAAGAAGUGAAAGAAAUCAUAUAAACCGAUAUAGAAAGAAAAGUAUAAAAAGAGAAAUGAAUGAUCAGGAAGUUAAAACAAGUGAAACAAAUUGAAGUCAAUAAUAAAAAUCAAUAUCAUUUAAAUAAAGGCCAAUAUAUAAAAACCAAGUUGCCAAUUGCAUGUCGAAAACAAUUGAAUGGCAAGAAACCGGUGCUCGAAAAAAUAAUUGGAAAAUUUAAGCAUCAAAUAAUCCGACCUUGGAAUGAAAACAGUGAAAUAAAUAUUCAAGAAACAUAAAACAAAUUCAUCAUCAACCAUGCUGGAUAUAAUAUUUGUCGGAAUAUUGAUUUUAUCAGCACUUGCCUACGGAUUUUGGCAAUACUUUGCCCGACCCAAAAACGCCCGUGAAAAACGUAAAAAUGAGGCACAAUAUAAGAAAUUUGACGAAUAUGCACCAAAAGAUUCAAAGUCAAAUCUCAGUAAGAAGUCAGACAAAAAUCAGUCUUGUAAGACAAACAUCGUUAAAAAUCCAAAGCGAUCAAAUUUAAAGAAGCGAUCAGAUAAAACCAACUAUUCCCACGAUUGGCUUUUGACCACAUUGAAGGGACAUACUGGAUCAGUGUUGGAUAUGAGCUUUUCAUCCAACGGAAAAUAUCUCGCAACUUGUGCUGACGAUUCCAAAUCAAUGUUACAAACUAUUGAUGUUGAAUCGGAUGUCACAAAUGAAACAUCGACAAGUAGUGAAGAUUCACCUAAACAAAAGCGAACACAACGUAAUCGUAAAACAACUCAUCAGCAUUUCGUAAAACAGCGUACAACGCGUUCAAACAAUCAGGGCGGCAAAAUCAUGAGUCAUCAUUCGGUUCAGGUCCAGACGAUCCGUUCACCACAUAAGAAUGAGAAUCAAGGUUAUCGUGCACUUGAGCCACCAUUACGACAACACAUUAAAUUAAACUUGAAUGAUGCACAGCUUGUGCAAUAUUUAAAAAAUUAUCUUUUGGAUGAGACAUUGAUGCGUUUGUUGGGCUUUCCAAUUGAAUAUGAUGUCGCACCAAAUCUUGCCAUCAUUUAUAAAUAUCCGCCAUAUGAGUUUAUAUCACAACGGAAGCAAUCGUUGGCAUCAAGUACGACGACAUAUUAUAAUAAUGAUCCGAUAAUUGUCAACGAUAAUGAUGGAUUGACACCAGAAAAAGAGAAUUUCGGUUCUGAAAUCAACGACAGUGACAGUGGACAAGGAUCUGGUUCGUCAUCACCUUCAGAAGACUUCGAAAUUAAUCAGACACGUCCGGCUGCUGCGUCCGGAUCAUUGCCACCACAUUACAUGUCGAUGAUUGGAUCACAAAAAGAAUGUACACGAUGUGGCAAAGGCUUCUACGUCACCAAUGGAGGUGAUUAUGUAACACAGGAGCCAUGUUUAUAUCAUUGGGGAAAAGUUAAUCGAUUUUACGAUGGACCUAUGAUGCGACAUAUUUAUUCAUGUUGUAAUCGUGAUUACGAUGCUAAUCUUAUGAAUGGAUGCACAGCAAAUCGUGUUCAUGUUUGGACCGGUGUAUCGCCUGGUUUAAAUGGACCCUACGAAGGUUUCAUUCGAACAAAACGGAGACCAGGUUCGCCUCCAGAAGACGGUAACACUGGAAUCUACGCACUUGACUGUGAAAUGUGCUUUACAGGAUGUGGCCUUGAACUGACGAAAGUGUCGAUUAUAAGAUCUGAUGGAAAUCUUUUCUAUGAGAGUUUUGUUCGUCCAGACCGUGAUAUUGUUGACUACAAUACCAGAUAUUCAGGAAUAACUGAGAAAGAUCUUAACACAACAACAUCAAGUUGGAAUCAUAGCAACAACAUGCGUCGGGCAUCAACAGCUUCUAAUUCAAGUUCAAGUUCCACCGGAUCAAACAACGGUCAUACAAAAACAGUUAAAACACUCAAAGAAGUACAAAAAGAUCUUCUCAAAUUCAUCUUUGAUGACACAAUUCUUAUCGGUCAUUCGAUCGAAAAUGAUCUCAAAGCUUUGAAGCUAAUCCAUAAAACAAUCAUCGAUACAUCAAUUACUUUUCCCCAUUUUUAUGGUCUUCCGUAUCGACGUUCACUUAAAACACUUACAAAGAGUAUACUCAAACGUGAUAUUCAACAGAACAGCACAGGUCAUUGUAGUUUCGAAGAUUCACGUGCUUGUCUUGAACUUUUAUUGUGGAAAGUGCGAAAAGAUUUCCGAGCUGUGCUCGAGCAAAAUUAAAAAGAAAAAAGCCGACGAGUAGUGAAAAUAAUAUUUAGAUAAUCAAUUGAUAACAAAUCUACAACAAAUAUAUAUUUUUUUAAUGAAAUCAGUAACAAAAUCAACAAACAACGUGAUGUUAACUAUUUUUGUUUCUAAAACGAAAAGAAGAAAGAAAAAAAACUUUAAAGAGAAACUAAAUUAUUUCGACUUAAUUCCCACUGAAAAUUUAAAGAAAAAAAAUGUUUUUAAUGAAAGGAAAAGAGAAGUGAAAAAUAUGUCACUUUAAACACCAAUCAGAGUCAAGGAAAGAGAAGAAAAAAGUGAAAAUGUAGCAAACAUGAAACACUCAUUUGAGAUCGUUAACACUAACUUCGUUGUUACGUCACAAGUUUGACUAUGGAGAAUUGUAAUCGAUGUAAAUAGAAGUGGAAAGUUUAUAAUUAACAUAUCUGAAUGAAAAGGAAGAUUUAAAGAUUACAUACUUAAAGAUGCUACACAGAAAUCAAUUCAAUUCAAUCCUUCAAAGUUACAUUUAGAUAGAAAAAUAUUUUUAAGAUCUAAGAUAGAACAAAUGUGAUUUUGUGACAUGCGAAUCAGUCAACUUCUUCUCAUUUUAAAGCAAGAAUUUUCUCGUUGACGUUGACAAAUUAAAACAAAACAAAAGCGCAUCUCGUGCUUAUCUGAAUGUAAAUUAUACAAUCAAGACGACCUUUAAGAAGGAAUUAGGUAAAUAAAUGAUGAAAAUAGAUAAUUGAGUUCUGAUUUUUUUUAAUCAUUAAACACACAAGAUAAAUAUGAAGACGUUGAAAUUACUUAAAUUGCCUGAUGAAUUGUGUUGUGAAUUGAAACAUUUUUACAAUGAGAAAUAAUUUACGUUUUUCAUUGUUUUCCCUUCAAAUUUAAUUACCAACAAGUUUUUAAUCAAUGAUCAGCUUCAUUUGCUUAAUUUUAUGAAGCUAAAGUUUAAAGUCAUUUGCAAUUAAACACCAAACAAAAAAGAAAGAAAAAAAUUGUGAUAGGAUUUUAAAAAGUAAUCUUGAAAGUUGAAUUCCGGAUAAAAGUUGAAGUCAUUUCUUGUUUUCUUUUUCUUUUGAUCGGUUGAAAAAGACUGUAAAUAAAAUAAACAAUUUUAACAAAGAAAUCAAGUUAAAAUUAAAGCUUGAAUGACAGCCAAGAGAGAUCGCUAAGUUCUAAAGUAAAUAAGAAAACUUGAACGUCAAAAACGUUUCUAAAUUCGCGGCUGCGGUCAAGGACAAUGAAUGCGAUUUGCAAAUUAUUUUUUUUCUGUUGUAAAUGAUCGUUGAUGAUGUUUGCUUAGGAAAACUGUGAGCUCACAAGUAUAGGUAGGCAGAUUCUUUAACAUAUUUUAUAUACAACUUGAAACGAAACAACAACAAACUGUGACAAGUUUAUUAGUUUGUCGCUUAGGAAAUUUCUUUUAACAUUUAAGUCGUCGUCAGUCAUCAAGCUUCUGCUACUCGUUUUGUCGUCGUCACAAAUUCACGAUGUUUCUCAUUGUAAAACGUAUGCAAAACAGAAAUGAAAUAAAAAAUAUGAGAAAACUUGGUUGGCAAAUGAGCUGUCGAUUGUAAAAGAAAUGAAGUUCGCGAUUUGAAUCUUAAAUUUUGUUUCGUUUCAUUUUUGGAAAGAAAGAAAUCACAAAAUUAAGAUUCACGAUAGUUAAAUGACUUAAAUAUUGUUGACAAUCGACAUGAAUUGACCUUAAAUUUACUGUUAACAUGAAGGAGAGGAUAAAUAAGACUCAGAAUGAGGUGAAUCUUUGCCUCCAUGUUUUUCUCAACCAAAUUUUGCAUACGAAUUGAAUUAACAAAACAUAAAAAUUGCUUUCUGUAAUUGAGAAAGAAAAAUCGAAUAAAUUUCUUUUGUUUUUGUUAUUGUUCAAUAAUUUAGAAGAAUUAACAUUAGAUUGAUUAUAAGUUUACUAGAUAAUUAAGUUUUUUUGAACGAAAUGAGACGAACGUCUUAAAACUAGUUAAGCACCGAGAAAAAAAGAUAAAAAAUCAAAAUAAAAUUAAAGAAACUUUUUUUAAAGAAACAAAA